GUCAGUCACACCUCAAUGAUUUCUCUGUUCACUGGAGACUGUUUGGAUCAUCUUUUCCUGGUCCUCAAGAAGAAGGAAGAAGUGGAGCACUGUGUCCAAUCUCCCUUUCCCUGGUGCCAAGCAGUCUUCAAGGGGGCUGUUAUCACCCCAGAGCCUUUAUAUGCAGAGGCACUGCCUGUGCUCGGUCUCGGACAGCUUCUGUUCACACUGGUGUUGUCUCCAUCCCUGCCAAAGCUACCUUGCUGCCAGCUGCCAGUCAUGAGAAUCCUUUUCUUCCUCGUCGCUGUUCUCUUCUUCCUCUUCCAGGCUGCUCCAGCUUACAGCCAGGAAGCCGCUGACACCCUCGCCUGCCGGCAGAGCCGGGGCUCCUGCUCCUUCGUGCCCUGCUCUGCCCCUCUGGUUGACAUCGGGACCUGCCGCGGUGGGAAGCUAAAAUGCUGCAAAUGGACCCCCAGCUCCUAAAUCUGACACCUCACUGACCACUCAGACGAGAGCUCUGGACAUCUGAGACAUCUCCCAUCUCUUGACAUCGAUGGAUCCUGUCCUCGGUGCCCUGGGGAGCCUUUCCCUGGGGGUGGAGGCCCUCAGGAGCACAAGAACAUCUGAGGAGGAGUUCUUGUCCAAUAAAAAUAUUUGCAGUUUCAAUUCUAAUAAAAACAAGUUAUUGUGAAACCA